AAGAGCAGAUUGUUGUUUGUUUGUUUCACAGAUCCGCCGCUGCACUGUCCGCCCGUACGCCCGCUUUAACGGUCACAAUAUAACGGAUAACUGUAACGAAAUAUAUUGUAAACCCUCGUUAUUAAACCUCGAGUUGUAUUUUAUCAUAAUACAUCUGCAUCGAGCUGAAAAAAGAGCCCGGAAACAUGAAAUGGAUGUUCAAAGAGGAUCACUCCUUGGAACAUCGAUGCAUAGAGUCAGCCAAAAUCCGCAACAAGUACCCUGACAGGGUCCCGGUGAUUGUGGAGAAAGUGUCGGGAUCACAGAUCGUGGACAUCGAUAAGAGGAAGUACCUGGUCCCCUCUGACAUCACAGUGGCUCAGUUCAUGUGGAUCAUCAGGAAACGCAUCCAGCUGCCCUCAGAGAAGGCCAUCUUCCUGUUCGUGGACAAGACCGUGCCUCAGUCCAGCAUCACGAUGGGGCAGCUGUACGAGAAGGAGAAGGACGAGGACGGCUUUUUAUACGUGGCUUACAGCGGGGAGAACACCUUUGGUUUUUAAAAAGAGAAACAGGACGCCACGCUCGUGACCGGCCUUACCUGCGCGACCCCCCACAUCUAAUCACCGCCCUCACCCGGCCCCUGGAGAAACGGCGGGGAAACCCCGGAGAGAUUCAGAGACAUGAACGCAAACAGAACGACAGACCG